ACAGUGUGUGAGUUCCUGUUGGGUCCCCUCUUUGGUCACGAACACUUCAGAGAUACAGAACUUCACAGAGAAAAAUUCUGGUGCUGAUUGUGUUUCAAUUCUGUGUGAUAGCAACCUGCUGUCCUUGUACCCAUGUUCUAAAAUCAGGAUUUGUGCUCCCAUCCUCCUGCUGGACGGGCUCUGGGUGAAUGUUCUGGUUCUCUAAAGGAGCUGGAAAUCCCCUUUCACCAUAAAGCCUCAUGCAGUGUUGAAAGGGUUUGGGGUUCUGGGAAGAGCGUGAUCAGGCAGGAAAUGUGUCAAAAGCUCUGAAAAACUCCCUCAGCUGAUGGUGUCCAUACUCAGUUUAAAGCAGGGAAACAGGUGAGUUUAUUCCACAGCAGUUUCCCUGGACUUCCAGAAGUCUCUUCAUUUUUUCAUAGUUAGCAUUUCCCUGAAGGAAUUUUAAAACUCCAAAGUCCCAGCAGAGCACAGCCAUGAAUAAACUCGUGCUGUGUGUGCUGACACGUGAUUGAUGUCCCCGAAGUCCCAUUCCUCAGGGACCAAGAAACAGGGUUUUCUGACACUUCACCAAAAUGGUUCCUUUAGAGCCAAGAACCUUCCUUCAAGCCAACCUGAGCUGAAACUGCCUUACUUUUUUAGAUAAACGGUUCCAAGGAAUGCAGGUGUCUCUCAUGGUUUCCUGUUUUCUGUCAAUUUAAAUAAAAAAGUGAAGUUGCUCAACUUCCACAAUUGUGAAAACCCACAUCUGAUUGACAUUUGAGCCUUAAACUGGUGUGACAGAUUCUCCUCACAAAGCAAGUGGUUAAACUGGCGUGCUGACACUUGGGGAGUUUUCCAGCAGCGUUUCCAUGGUGGGAGCUUCUCUUCCUGUCAGUUAAUGCUCUGAGAGAAUGGGAAGCUCUUCCUCAAGAGCAGAUCCUCAAGAGGAAGUUACACCAGGACCCGUUUCCACUACUACCACUGUCCCCAGCACUGUCCCUGCCACUGUGCACACCCCUGCAGUUGAUUUCAAAGAUGCAGAAAUGAGAUGCUGGAUCAAUAACCAUGAAAUACUGUUCAUGUCACUGGCCUUCAUCUCUGGCAUCCUCCUGACUGUCCUGAUUUUUGCAAUCAUCACUCUCUUCAGGAAAAAUUAUAAAAGGUCCCACCAAAAUUUACAAGAGGAAUCUUUCUCCCAGAUGGCAGCUGAGGAAUCUCUUAGGUGCCAGAAUGAAGUCACCUACAGCACUCUGGUCUUCCAGCAGGGCCGGGCACCACUGCCUGUGUGAAGAAAUUCCAAAUGAAAUAAAAAUGUUCCCACUCUCUGGGCAUCACAAGCUACGAGGAUUUUAGAGCCAGGCCUGCCCUGGGAAUGCCCUCAUGCCCUCUGUAACACAGCUCUUUCUGCAGUAAUGACGGGAAAUUAUCUCCUGUUCCAAACUGGCUGCCAACGGCUGCAGAGGGAGAGAUUCUAUACAGGAUUUCCUCAUCUGUAGAAAUCUCCCUGCCCUUGUCAAGUUUCCGUUUGUGAGACCUACAGGAGAGAACUGAGAAAUAAAAAUGUU